AUGAGUGAAACAGCAGCAAUCGAAUUAUUAAAACGAGCCGUACAACUUGAUAAGGAAGAAAAAUUUCCAGAUGCAUUAACUUGUUAUUCCGAAGGUAUUCGUAUGUUACUGAAUGCAGUUAAAGAAAUUCCAUCGAGUGAUGAACGAAAACGAGCAGCAUAUCGACAGAAAAUCACAGAAUGUAUGGAUCGUGCUGAAAAACUCAAAGAUUUAAUUCAACAAGAAAAAGGUAUUGAAGAUCAUUUUCAUUUAAUUAGAAAAAAAAGGACAAGAAAGUAUUUGAUAUAG